AUGACAAAGAAGAAGAACCCCUGGGUUUUUAUGGAUGUGUCCGUCGAUGGCGAUCCUGUCGAACGAAUGGUUUUUGAGCUUUUCUCUGAUGUUGCUCCCAAAACUGCAGAAAAUUUCCGUGCUCUAUGUACAGGGGAAAAGGGGAUCGGUCCAAAAAGUGGAAGACCAUUGCACUACAAAGGGUCUUUUUUCCAUCGCAUUAUAAAAGGUUAUAUAGCACAGGGUGGCGAUUUUAUCAAAAGAGAUGGUACAGCUGGUGAAAGCAUUUACGGUGAAAAGUUUCCAGAUGAGUUGCCUGUGCUAAAACACUCUGGACCUGGCAUUCUAUCUAUGCCUGUUGCUGUUCGUGACUCUUUAGGUUCUCAUUUCAUUAUCACCUUUGCGGCUAACCACAAUCUUGACAGAAAGCAUAUAGUUUUUGGGAAGCUUGUUCAGGGGCAUGAAGUCUUGAAAAAGAUUGAAAAUGCAGGUGAUGAAGAUGGGAAUCCAACUGUAUUAGUUAAAGUCAUCAAUUGUGGUGAACAUAAUGAAGACAAAAAGAAAAUAAGUAAAGUGAAAGUGGGAAAGGAUGCUUCUUCAGAUGCUAAUAGUCAUGAAGUGAGGCGGAAGGGAAAGCACAAGAAAUCUUCUAGAGAUAGAAGGAAGAGGAGGAGAAGGAGAUACGAUUCAACAUCUGAAUCAGACAGUUCCUCUGAUUCUGAAUCGGAGUCAUCCGAGCCAGAUAGUGAUUCUGAUUCAUAUGUGUCCUCAUCGACUGAUGCUAGUUCUUCAAGUGAUGACAGGCGUAAGAAAAGAAAGAGAUCUUCUAAAAGAGACAAGCAUAGACGUGGAAAAAGGCGGGAUAAACGGCGUGACAGAAAGCGAAGGCGGCGGGAUAAGAAAUCUAAGACCAGAUCAAGAAGGGCAUCGGACGGUCUUACAGAUACCGACAGUGAAAUUGAAAGUGACAGUGACCAUGAACAUGAAGGCCUUGAUGCCAAAAGGAAGGAUCGAAAGUCUAAGGAUACUUCUGAAAAAGCUGUUGGAAACCAAUCCCCCAAUGCCCUGGAUGAUGGUGCUGCGUCAGUUCACCAUAAAAAGAGGGAGGAAGCAGAAGUGCUUGAGAAAGAAGGUGCAUCGCCCAAGGAGAAUGGAGAGAAGCGGAGCAAUGGCCAUGGAGCAGGUGUUAAAUAUGACAAAAGUGCAGAUAGACAGCCUGACAUAGUUGAUGAUCACCCAGGAAAAUCUAGGAGCCGAAGCUUGAGUCCUAAGAGGGCCAUGAGUAAGAGUAUGAGUAUUAGUCCCAGGAGGAGUCUGACUAAGAGCCCAAGCUUUAGUCCCAAACGGAGUGAAAGCAGGAGUUCAAGUGUUAGUAGAAGCCCUCCUCGGGCCCCUCAAAGGAGCAGGAGCAUCAGCAGGAGUCCUGUUAGAAGUGAUAGCAGUAGAAGCCCAGCCAGAGGUUUCAGCAGAAGUCCAGUGAGGGGCCGGAGGGGUAGGAGUCCAGUGAAAGCGCGGUCUCAAAGAAUCAUCAGGAGUCCUGUAUCCCGCCCUAGACGAAGUGUAAGCAGGAGCCCACCAAGGAAAACAUCGCAUAAAUCAUUCAGCAGAAGCCCUGUAAAAGUUCCAAGAAGCAUAAGCAGAAGUCCACCUAGAAAAGCACCGCAUAAAUCAAUUAGCAGAAGUCCUGUCAGAGCUUCAAGCAUAAGCAGAAGUCCACCUAGAAAAUCGUUGCUUAAAUCAGUUAGCAGAAGCCCUGUAAGAGAUUCAAGAAGCAUAAGCAGAAGCCCAGUGAGAUCUUCUCGAAGGAGUGCAAGCAGAAGCUCUGGUAGGGUUCCUUCUAGGAAAAGCACUAGCCGCAGUCCGUUCAGAGCCCCGACUGGGAAUAACCGUCGUAGCUAUUCAAGGAGCCCUAGCCCAGUAGUGCGCAGGGUAAGGUCACCUCCAUCACCAGAUCGGGGGAGGAGCUUGUCCAGAAGUGUUUCACCUGAUGGGUCACCGAAGCGCAUUAGAAGAGGGCGGGGUUUCAGUCAGCGAUACUCUUAUGCACGGAGGUACAGAACCCCUUCUUUAUCUCCUGUGAGAUCUUAUCGUUAUGGUGGUGGUCGAAGUGAUCGUGACAGAUAUUCAGGUUACAGAAGGUCCAGGUACUCCCCAAGGCGUUAUAGAAGUCCACCAAGAAGAACACCUCCUAGAUACAGAAGCAGAAGAAGCAGAACUCCUGUAUCACGCAGCCCCCGUUACCGCAGCCGAUAUAGUCGUAGCCGUAGCCCCAUCAGGAGUCGUAGUCCCAUUCGGAGCCGUAGUCGGUCUCCAGUGGAGGUGGCUAGAUCACGUGCCUCUCCUCGGGUUGAGAGGGGAAGAUCUCCUUCUAGAAGCAGGAGCCCAUCAGAAUCAAGGUCCUCUCCAGACUCCAAGUCUCCAAUUCGAACGGGGAAAGCCAGGUCUAGAUCAUCAUCGUCGGGAAGCCCAGACGGAAAGAAGGGCCUGGUUUCUUAUGGUGACGGUUCCCCGGACUCGAGUUGA